CAUCUAAGUAAGUACCCCCAACUGACAUAGCUUCAAAGCUCGCCAACUACCGCUGCUCCCAACAACCAAGAACUCGAAGAAAGAAACCCUGAAGAAGAAGAAGAAGAAGAAGAAGAAGAAAACGAAGCCAUGAGAGCCAGCAACCAGCUGAUCGGCUUUCUCAACUUCCUGACGUUCCUGCUCUCAAUCCCCAUCCUGGGCGGCGGCAUCUGGCUCAGCACCCGCGCCAACAACACCGACUGCCUCAAGUUCCUGCAGUGGCCCCUCAUCAUCAUCGGCGCCGCCAUCAUGGUCAUCUCGCUCGCCGGCAUCGCUGGCUCCUGCUACGGCAACACCUUCCUCAUGUACCUCUACCUCUGGGUCAUGUUCUUCGUCAUCGCCACCCUCAUCGGCUUCAUCAUCUUCGCCUUCGCGGUCACCGACAAGGGCUCCGGCCACCACGUCCCGAACCGGGUCUACCUCGAAUACCGCCUCGGGGACUACUCCGGCUGGCUGGAGGAGCGCGUCGCCAGCCAGAGCUACUGGGCCAAGAUCAGCUCCUGUAUUAGGGACUCCAAGGAGUGCGCCAAGAUGGGCCGCCAAUUCGGCGGCGCGCCGGAGACCGCCGAUCUCUUCUACCUCCGCAAACUCAGCCCUAUUCAGUCUGGAUGCUGCAAGCCGCCCACGGAAUGUGGGUACGUGUACGCGAACGAGACGUUCUGGACCCAGGGAGGGGGCCUGACGGGUACCAACCCCGACUGCGCAAGGUGGAGCAACGACCAGCAGCAGCUAUGCUACGACUGCGAUUCGUGCAAGGCCGGGGUGCUGGGCAGCCUCAAGAAGAGCUGGAGGAGGGUGUCGGUGAUCAACAUCGUGGUGUUGAUCAUACUUGUGAUCCUCUACGUGGUGGCUUGCGCGGCGUUCCGGCACAACCGCCAGAACGACAACCAUGAAGCCUACGGGGAGACCCGGAUGGAGAAGUCCCGGCCCAGUAGGUUGCAAUUCUAAGGGAAGAGAAUUUGAUUGCCUUAAUUUUACAUUUUACUUUCGAAGGGUUGGUUUGCAUGUUUAUGUUCCAUUUCACAAUAGAUAGCGUGAAGCCAUAUAUUAUUUUCA